GGCUCUCAGAGCAGCUGCAGAGGCAAAGCCCAGGCUGCCACUAAACGUGCACAGGGGCAAUGGCAGAACCAGCCCAGGUGCCACUGUCCCGCCUGCUGGUGCCCGUGCUGCUGGCGCUGGGCUGGAUCCUGGGCUGUGCCCUCAUGGUCUACAUCGUCUUCUCCUGAGCAGCAGGGCUGAGCCACCGCGGACGGGCUCUGGUCAGAAGAACCUGCAAUGAUGUUGAUGAGAAGAACAUGGAAGUUCAAUUUAGAUUUCUAAUUACUAAAAUACGCAUAAAAUGAGUUAUUUUUAAUAUCAACGAUGUAAAUGUUGUGCACACUUUGUAUUCCUUAGGAAGAAUCACCAAACCAAUUUCCCUGCUCUCAGAUUAUUUGCAAUGGAGGCAGUGUUUUUCAGAAUGCUGUGGCAGGUCAGAUUGCUGCUGAAAGUCUGCUUGCUGAGCAGCCAACUUUUAAACUAGCUAUUACCAGCUAAGGAACUUCAGGCUUGCUAG